UUGGCGUGGUGUCUGACCGGCUGGAUGUGGUUGAAUUUUCGAUAUUUUCCAUAUUUUCACGAAUCUUCUUCGAGUUUUAUUUAAUCAAAGUUAAGGGAUUUUACUAAUCCGUCACGAUGAGUACCGACAGCAUCGAGAAGUUGUAUAAAAAUUUUGGCAUACUAGCUGAUGCCAAGGAUAAACUAGCCGAGCAUGAAAAGGAGUACAUGGAAAUCCUCACCGCGGUGAAAGGAACGCCUAAAGAAAAGCGGCUUGCUUCGCAAUUCAUCGCCAGAUUUUUUAAACACUUCCCCAAACUCGCAGACCAGGCAAUCGAUGCACAUCUUGAUCUCUGCGAAGAUGAAGACAUUGCUAUUAGAAAGCAAGCUAUUAAAGAUUUGCCGUCAUUGUGCAAAGAGAACAAAGAACAUACUGCCCGGAUCGCUGAUAUAUUGGCGCAAUUGUUGUUAGCGCAAGAUCCGUCAGAAUUGGCUGUUGUUCAAAACAGUAUUAUGUCGCUAAUAAAAAAUGAUCCAAAAGGUGCCAUCAGUGGAUUUUUCAGUCAGAUUUUAAACGGCGACGACGGAGCUCGAGAACGUUGCAUUAAAUUUUUAGCUACCAAACUAAAGGCUGUUGGCCAUGAUAUCAUAACUAAAGAACCAGAAGAUUUACUGAUUGUUGAGUGCAAGAAAGUAUUACAGGAUGUCACAGCUGAUGAAUUUCACUCCAUUAUGGAAGUACUGGCAUGGACCAGACUGGGGUCCACAGUUACUGGGCAACAAGAGUUGAUUGAUAUUAUUGUUGAACAAGCUGAGCUUUCAAUUCCCUUUAAGCACACCAACGAAGAGCAGUGGAGUCGACUUGUGCAAUGCAUUAAACAUGCCCUACCAUUUUUCAACUCACAAGUUGAUUCGUCCAGAUUCGUUUGUUACAUAUGCGUUCAAGUCCUACCCCAUUUGUCUUUAAUCACGGGACCUGAGGGCAGAGAUCCACAAUUGGAACUUUUAAAACUUCUUGCUGAACUAACUACUUACUGUGGAACAAUCGAGAAACCUGAAGAGAAAGUACAGCAGAUAUACAAUGCUCUUGUUACGUACAUGCCUCUACCCCCAGAAACCGAUUUGCCUGAGCUACCAAAGCUCCAAUUCAGUCACGUUGAAUGUCUGAUGUACACUUUUCAUAAACUUGGCAAACAAGUCCCAGAAUUUUUGACUCGUGAUGCGGAUCAACUGAAAGAGUUCAGACUGAGGUUACAAUAUUUUGCAAGGGGCAUUCAGGGUUACAUAAAGAAGCUCAGAGAAGCUAUAAGUGGAAAAAGUGAAGAGCAGUUGAAAUCCGACGAAAAUCAAAUGAAAGUUGUUGCACUUAAAACAACCAACAAUAUCAACACUUUAAUUAAAGACCUAUUCCACUCACCACCGAGCUACAAAAGCAUCAUACAUCUUUCAUGGAAAGCCUCUACAAAUGACAAAAAAACUGAAAAAGCAUCACCAGGACAAAAGAGACACACACCGAUUACAUUUGGUAACGAUAAUGUACCGAACAAACGCAGCAAAGACGAUAAUAAAGGGAACAAACGAGAAAUUUACACACCUCCCAGUGGCAAAUACAGCUCUAACAUAUCUUCAAAUUAUGGAAAUCGUGGAAGAUUCAGGGGAAAUCGAUCGGGCGGUGGACGUGGCGGAGGGUACAGAGCGCGUGGUCGUGGAUGGCGAAGGAGUACGUACUAAGUUUGAGCCUGUGCAAAUGACGUAAAAUAAGCAAUGAGUCCGAAGGAGAUGUGGAAAAUAUUUAUGCAAAGACUAAAACUAAUUACGAGCUAUAAAAUUGGCUAAAAGAGAUUUGAAGAGUGAAAAAUGCGAUGUGAAAAACUUGUGCGAAAGAAGAUUAUUUCUAAAAAAGAAGCUGUACCGUUACUGCCACGAAUGGACGUAAGAUGUGGCAGCUUGAAAGUAUGCUUUGUAUGUUUUCAAGUGUCAGUCUCAUCUCAAUUAACACUCUACAAAUGAAGGAAAGACUCGAGACGUUGAUCGAAACAUAAAAACCGAAGCAGCUUGUGUUGAUCCGUUGUAUUUUGCACUUGUGACACUGAAAGUGUUCAAUUUUGUUUGCAAAUCUAUGUACAGUCAGGCAUUGAUUCACCUUGAUUAAUACCUCUGGGAUCAGGGAAAA